CUGCGUCCAAAGCAAAGCCCCAAUUCCAAUUCAACAUGCAGUUCCGCUGGGAUUAUCCUCCAGAGCCCGUGACGGGAGCGUGGGGCCCGAAGACGUCAAAUCACAACUUUUGUGAAGAGGACUUCAUCAUCACGCCGUACAUUGGCGAAUUCAUAAACACCAUUACAAACAUAUCGUAUGUCAUCUACGGGGUCCACGGGCUCCGGCGCGUAGCCCCCAAGCCAACGGGCGGCCUCUUCUCCACGCUCGCCUUCCCCUACUGGGGCCUCAUCGGGGUAGGCGUGCUCUCAGCCUGGUUCCACGCGACGCUCAAGUACCACUCUCAAAUGGGAGACGACCUCUCCAUGUUCCUGGCCGUGGGCGCCGUCCUGCACCAGCUGCUGUGCUUCGACGCGACGCAGGCACAGCGCCAAAAGUACACGCUGUACAUCCUCGGCAGCCUGAUCCCCAUCUCCAUCUACCACGUGUGGGCCGACGAAAUCAUCGUGCACGAAAUCGCCUUCGCAGCCAUGAUCUUCCUCGUAUGCAAGUAUGCGCGCCGCCUCAUUGCAAAGCAAGUCUCCAGCGAGGCGUCGCGCGCGAAGCUGGGGAAGCUGGCUACGCUUGGCAUUUCCUCGGGCCUGUUUGGCUAUUUUCUGUGGAAUAUCGAUUUCCAUGCUUGCGGCUAUGUUACGGCCGUUAAGCACUGGGUCGGCCUGCCCUGGGGCUUUUUGCUCGAGUUGCACGCCUGGUGGCACUUUUUUACUGCUGUCGGCGCGUAUGUGGGCAUGGCGCUCGUCGAGUAUCUGAUUACGCUUGAGGAGGGCAAGACGGGGAAGCUGGAGGAGGGGUUUGUGUGGCCGGUCAAGGCUGUGCUGCGGGAUAUGGAGGGUGUGGAGGGCAAGAAGGAUAUCUAAGGAUGAGGAACUGGUGUUUUCGAGCCCGAGGCGCCAGUGAUGUGAGGUGCAGAUGGAGCCGAAGUGGCUUGAGAAGGAGAUUUUCAUGUCAUGCAAGCUUGUGUCAUAGAAUUAUAGAGAUAG